GUGCCAUUCUCGACCUUUGUCCAGAACGUGCGCAGCAACGAGGUCCUGGCGGUGGCGGUGGAGGACCGGAGGUUCGCGUACAAGCUGCGGCCGCAGGGCAAGAUUAUGCGCGGACUGCCUGCCGGGCCCGGUGACGUGGCGCGGAACGCCCACAUUGUGUUCCGCACCAUCCGGCCAGCCGACUACAGCACGCCCUAUGACACCAUGCUGAAGAACGGCGUCCAGUUCACCGCCGUGGAGAAGCAGCAGUCUGUACUGCUCACCUUCGCGGUGUAUGGGCUGUAUGUCGGGCUGCUGCUGGGGGCGCUAAACCGGCUGCCCAUCAAGCUGCCCAGGAAAGGGGCCGGGCGGCGACACAGCGGCGCCGGCAGCUCCGGCACCUCGCCGCAGCACAUAAUCACCUUUAGUGACGUGGCAGGCGUGGACGAAGCCAAGGAAGAGCUCUCAGAGAUUGUGGAGCUGCUGAAGUCUCCGGAGAAGUUUUCAAAGCUGGGCGCGCGAGCACCAUCCGGUGUGCUGCUGAUAGGACCGCCUGGGACCGGCAAGACGCUCCUUGCCAAGGCGGUGGCGGGCGAGGCGGAUGUUCCCUUCUUCUCCAUCAGCGCAUCAGAGUUUGUGGAGCUGUACGUGGGGAUGGGCGCCAUGCGCGUGCGCGAGCUGUUCGCAUCCGCGCGCAAGGAGGCCCCCGCCAUUGUCUUCAUUGAUGAAAUUGACGCCGUCGCCAAAGGGAGGGACACGCGGCUACGCAGCGUGGGCAACGAUGAGCGGGAGCAGACGCUGAACCAGCUGCUGACAGAGCUGGACGGCUUUGAGAGCGAGAAGGACGCCGGCCCAGUCAUCUGCAUUGCUGCCACCAAUCGCCCAGACGUGCUGGACAGCGCUCUGCUGCGGCCGGGGCGUUUCGAUCGGCGCGUGUCGGUGGAGCGGCCGGACCGGCUGGGCCGCGAGCAGAUUCUGCGCGUCCACAUCGAGCGCCGCCGGCUGCCACUGGCCGACGACUUCAGCGUCGCCGACGUGGCCGGCUCAACCGUCGGCUUCACCGGCGCCGACCUCGCCAACCUCGUCAACGAGGCCGCCCUGCUCGCCGGCCGCGAGAGCAAGGGCGCGGUGGGCAGCGCGGACUUUGACCAUGCAAUCCUGCGAGCGGUGGCGGGCAUCGAGAAGAAGCGCAGCAUCCUGGUGGGAGUCGAGAAAGAAGUCGUCGCGCGCCAUGAGGCCGGCCACGCACUCGUUGCCACGGCCGUGCGCAUUUUGAUCCCCACGUCCGCCGCCGUGGAGAAGCUGUCCAUCAUCCCUCGCACCGGCGGCGCGCUCGGGUUCACGUAUGUGCCGCCGCGGACGGAGGACCGGGCGUUGCUGUUUGACACGGAGAUCCGCGGGCAGUUGGCCAUGCUCAUGGGCGGCCGCGCUGCAGAGGAGCUCACCUGCGGCCAGGUGUCGACGGGGGCGGUGGACGACAUAAAACGUUGUUCUUCGCUGGCGUACCAGACGGUGUCGGAGUUUGGGCUGAGCGCUGCGGUGGGGCCCCUCAGCGUGGCUUCCCUCACAAACGGCGGCUCUGACGACGCGCCGCUCUUCGGCAGAGACUCAGGGCUGGGGCGGCUGGCGGAGGAGGAGGCAAAGAGGCUGGUGGAAGGGGCACUGGCGGCCGCGCGCGAUUGCGUGGCGGCAAAUCGACGAACGCAUGAAGGCCUCAGCGCGGAGCUGCAGGCGAAGGAGCGCCUGGACGGGAACGCCCUCGCUGCCUGGCUCGGCCAGGUCACCGCGCCGGCCUCCCUGCGCGCCUUUGUGCUACAGGGCGCCUUCCCCGCGCUCUCCCGCCGCUGAUGUCAUGUGUCAUGCUCCGGCGCUGAUGUCAUGUGUGCGCGCUGAUGUCAUGCGUCAAGGGUGUGCGCGUCUGUCGGUGCCGAAGCUUCAGCGCUGAUGCGACCGUUGAGGGUCAGCGCAAUUGAGAGCGUCUGUGUCUCAGCGCUGAUGUCAGCAGCUCUGGUUCGAUUGGACCGCAGCAAUUGGAGGCAUCCUCGGCCUUUGUGUCAGGUGUUCUUUGGAAGUCCUCCAAGAAAGAUCUUAUGCAAACUUUUCCUUGCGGCAUCCAUAAGGGCCUUGACUUAUGUAGCCAGAAUCGCAGUCGUGGCUUGAGAGGAGACUGGAAUUGGGCAUCUCAUGCCUCAAAUGGGUGGUCUAAAUGGGCAGCAGGUCUCUGCCUCUCAAUUGCCUCCUUGUGCGAUUCUUGACAGAGGCUUUACAUGGCGUCCGGUUACAUUGUGCGUCGAUCAAGCUGUGUUGCACACUUGUGCUUGUAAGGCGCAGUGUAGAACUUCUUUGGGGCUGCUUAACGAUGUUUCUUUUGGGGGGACAUUCAUACUCGCGCAGCUGAUUCAAAUCUAUAUUUGAACGCAUGGCCUUGCAAGCUUGGAGGGUAUCGAUAUCAGCGGAUCACGGGAGCUUGGCUCCUGUGGCUGCCUCUUGUCACUAUUUUGUGUGGUUUAUGGCUUGUUUGUAUCAACAGUAGACAGGCUUUUAGAUCACUGGACAGAAGCAGCACAUGGUGUACUCAGCUAGCUUCUGGCCCGC